AUGACGAAGAAUAGCUCUCACAGCUCGAUCGCAGGGCUCACAGAUGUGGAGGCAAUCUUCCUUGCGUCUGUUAACGUUGUUUUCAGCCUCAUUGGCAUCUUCGGAAACUUGUUGGUCCUCUUUGUGGUCGUUCGUCACCGAUACAUGCACACAGUAACAAAUAUGUUUAUCGCCAGCCUGGCGAUUGCUGAUCUCUUGGUCUGUUUUGUGGCGCAACCGAUGUACGCCAUAUAUCUUUAUGGAUUACCCUCGAACAAUAUUUACAGUGACGUUCGAAAGACGUUCUCCUUCGUUUCCUUGCUUGCAUCGAUCAGCAACCUGGGGGCCGUGACCAUGGACCGUUACAUAGCCAUCGUAUGGCCUAUGUCGUACGAGCUGAGGGUGACAUGCAAGAGGGCGGCCAUUCUGCUGUGUGUCAUCUGGGUGCUAUCGUUACUGCUUGGUACACCUGCAGGGAUUCUUCCAUCACUACAACGUAUUAUAGUGUACUACGUUCUUGCUCUUGUGAUUUUUAUCGUCCCGAUUUAUGUCCGAAUCUACCUUGUCGCCCGCCGGCAGGCUCGUCUGAUUGCCCGACAAGUGGGUCAUUUGGACCGAAGCUCACGCAGCAGAGUCGGCAAAGAGAACGUCGCUGCUAAGACCAUUGGAAAUGUCUUGACAGCGUUUAUCAUUUGCUGGCUUCCUCUCAUAGUCAUGCCGAUUGUUUUCCGCUACAUCGAUCGCGGCCUGAAAGUUUUAAAGAUUUUGAAAUGGGUACAGACAAUCGCUCUGUGUUCUUCCGCACUAAAUCCUGUAAUAUACAGCCUCAAAACGCAAAUUUUUAAGAAGGAUUUGCGAAAAAUUGGCCGCGCCAUAUUUCGACGCCGCGCUUGGGAAGAAAAGCCAGAGAUUGUUUGA